AUGGGGAAUUCUAAGAGUGGGGCACUGUCCAAGGAACUUCUGGAGGACCUGAAGUCCAAUACUAAGUACAACGAGGCCGAGCUGUGUGUCUGGUACCAGUCCUUCCUCAAGGAAUGCCCCACAGGCAGGAUCACCAAGGAGCAAUUUGAGGGCAUCUAUGCCAGCUUCUUCCCUAAUGCAGACCCUACUGAGUACGCAAGGCAUGUCUUUAGGAGCUUUGAUACCAACGCGGAUGGUCAACUGGACUUUAAGGAGUACAUUGUGGCCCUGCACCUUACCUCCGGAGGUAAGACCCUGCAGAAGCUAGAGUGGGCCUUCGCCCUCUACGACGUGGAUGGAAACGGAACCAUCAGCAAAAAUGAGAUCCAAGAGAUUGUUAAGUCAAUAUUUAACAUGAUUCCUGAGGAAGACCAAAAGGACCUGCCUGAAGAUGAAAACACACCUGAUAAGAGAGCAGAAAUCUGGGACUUUUUUGGAAAGAAGGAAGAUGACAAGAUUGCAGAGAGGGAAUUCAUUCAAGGAGUGAUGGACAACAAGGACAUCCUACGGUUGAUUCAGUAUGAUGAGCCCCAGAAAAUCAAGGACAAACUGAAGGAGAAGAAACAAUAGCUUUCUGACAAAAUCAUUCUUUUGAAUUCUAUAAGACUGUUCAAAGCUUAACUGUUUACAAACCCAACUCUCCUGCCAGACCUGGGCUC